UCCAUAACCCAUGUGCUUUUACAAUCAACAAUAAUACAAAAGUUUUAAAGAGUAAAAUACUAAAAUCAGCACUUAUUUUAAACGACAAGUCGAACACCCAACGUAAAAAACUAAACAACAAAACAUUUUAUCGAUGUUUUAAGUGUUUCUUUAAUAUUUGAAACGAGUUAUUUGAUUUUUAGUUAUUAAUAUUGUUCUAUUUUAUUGUUGGCUAGUGCUUAGUGAUUAUUUAAUGUGAAGCUUCCGGUACUAGGCUUAUGUGGAGAUUAAAUAUUAUUUUUCUAUUGUUUUUGUCACCAACAUUAGUAUGGAAUUGACCAUUAAUACAAGUAGUUUUACCGAUUACCUGCAUAUGCAUAAGAAAUCAAAUAGAAACCGUGGUUCAAUAACGAAACGUUUGAGAGCUAAAAGUAAAAACACAUUUUUAGCAUUCAAUGAAUGGUUUGAAAAAGAACAUGAUUAUUGUUUGCCGAUCAAAAAAAGAAGUGAAUAUGAUCUGAAGUGUAAUACCUCCAAAUUAGAUAAUGAAGAUUUUGAUGCAAUUAAUAAAUCAUUAAAAUUAGAUUCUUUAUCAUCAGAUGUUUCAAAAACAACAAAUCUAGAGAAAAUAAAUGUGAAUAAUGAGUUAUCUAGUUGUAGCUUAUAUGCUAUUGAUGUAACAACAGAAUUAUUAAAAGAUGCAUUACUAGAAAAUCAAAAAAAUCAAAUAAAUUAUAUACAGUCGACAAAAAUAUCAAAAGACAGUAUUCAUUCUUCUGAUGAUUAUGUAUCUAAUAUUUUAAAUAGUUGUAACCAAAGUGAUAUUACUCCAAGAUUGAAUGAUAAAAACAUUAUACAACCAAGUGAUAAUAAAAAAGAAAAAUUGUGUGUUUCAAGAGAAUGUACACCGCCAAAAUUUUCACCCAUGGACAUCGACAGUGACAUGAUUAAACUGUUCCCAACUUUAGAUUAUUCCACAGAACAUAAUUUAAACGAUUUUUCUAGAAAACAAGAAUCCAAUUAUAAUGAAAUUAAUAUUGAAACAAAAACUACCAUUUUAACUGAAAACCCAGAAGAAACUAUAAGUGUGAAGCCAGUUUUGGUUAAUAAAUCAAUUGUUGAUACUGUUUCUCAAUCUUUACCAAUAGAAAGUGAUAGUAAAGUUAAAUCUAAAUUACCUAACAAUUUACAGAAAUUAUCAGCUGGCAAUCUGGCUAAUAUAAUAAUAGACCAUCAAUUAGCAUCUGAACAAUAUAUAAGUAUAUUUAAUCGAUAUAAGAGCAAGUCAGAAGAACAAUUUAUUGAACAGGUUGAAAAUCCAGGUCCUUUAUUAUUGAGAGAUCUUCUUUGUGGUUCAAAACCCAAAACUAUUAUUAGUCCUUACACUCAUAGGCAUUUAAAACCAUAUAUAUUCAGAGAUUUAGUGACUAAACCGCUGUGGUUACAAAUGUUGAAUGAAUUAAAAGAACAUUUUAGAAAAAAAAAAGGAUUACCCAAAACUACAGAAAUUCAAUCAAUUGACUACAGUUAUGUUCGUGCAAAACACAUAAACUCAGUGAAUACAUUGGCGAGACAAUUUUUCUGGCCUGGAAUCGACUUAACUGAAAGUUUAUUGUAUCCAGACUUCAGUGUCAUUGCGUUAUACAAAAACUUAGUAAUUGGUUUUGGUUUCAUGGUUCCAGACAUAAGUACAAAUGAAAAUUAUAUAACAUUUUUGUUCACUCGUCCCCAUUGGACUAAUUGUGGUAUUGCUAAAUUUAUGAUUUAUCAUUUAAUUCAGACUUGCAUGACCAGAGAUAUCACAUUACAUGUCGCCGUAAAUAAUCCAGCUAUGAUAUUAUAUCAAAAGUUUGGAUUCAAAAUUGAAGAAUUUGUACAAAAUUUUUAUGAAAAUUAUAUUCCUGCCGAUUCAGAAAUGUCUAAACACGCUUUUUUUAUACGUUUACGCAGUAACUUAAAAAACAAAGUUAACUAAUUUACAGUGUCAAAAAAAUUUUCAAUUAUGAUUCUCAGAUAAGUUUUGUUAACAUUUAUGAAAAUAUUUUUUAUAUGUAUAAUUAAUGUUUCUAUACAAUAUACCAUGAGUAUUUCAUUGUUUUUUUUUUUAA